GUUCGCUCAAGGGAUGGGAUGAGAAGAGGAUGAGGGAAGACAGCAAUAGGAUGAGCUAGGCCGAUGUCGUUGAUUGGUGAGGCUGCGUUCGGUCACAAGGAUCUUCCCUCAGUAGUCCGAUUACUCUCUCUCUGCGCUGUGUGUGCUGAUCUGCCAGGCCGGUUCAAUUUGGUCAUCAAUGCAGGUGGGCGCCUCACGCACUGUCGAUUUUGUGCCUUACUUGCCUUGUGUGCAUUUGGCAGGUUCAGCCAAGCCCUCGCCGGCCAUCGGGCAGGCACUCGGGCCCCUCGGCAUCAACAUGAUGGUGCGUACACACCGCACGGACAUAAAGGGCACAUGGCAUGGAGUGCAUGGAAUGGAUAGCCAUGUGUUGUGCGCCUGACGUCUGCCUGGCAAAAGCAAUUUUGCAAGGAGUUCAACGCUCGUACGUCCAAGGUUCGUCCGGAUGUGCCCAUCCAGGUGCAGCUGCUGCCUCUGACCGACCGCACCUUUAAAUUCUGGCUGAGAGGCCCACCCGCAUUCUGGUUCAUCAGAAGGGUCAGUGGGGGGUGAUGCAGGCAGGCAGGGAGGCAGACGGCUGGGCUUGUGUAAUGUCUGUCUGUUGUAUCCCUCGCUCCCUCACCAGGUGGCGAGGGUGCCGCUGGGCAGUGCAUACCCUGGUCACGACAUAUUGGGCAAUAUCACACUCAAAGAGAUCUACCACAUUGCCAAGGUAGGUACUUACACGAGUCGUUCACACACAGACAGGCCGAAAUGGACCAGGCGUGUUGUGUUUGCACUUGUGACUCCUUCGCGUGCUUGACAUGAAUCCCUCCCUCCCUCAGGCCAAGUGCAUGGAUCCUCCCUUGGUGGGCAGACCUCUCAAGUCGAUCGUGGCGGCACUCAUCGGAACCGUAAGCCAAGCUUGUCAAGGUGGCACCCACACACACACACGGGCACAUACAUAUACACGUAUGCAUUGCAUCUCUAUACGAUAGAUCGAUCCAUAUCAUAUCGUAUAUGUGUGUAUGGUAUGUGUCGUCUGCCUGUGGCCUGCCCUGCCCCCCACUGUGCUGUGCGAUGCGUCGGGCGUCUGUGCAGGGCAAUGCGAUGGGUGUAACGACCAGCCGUGAGCUGCUGCCCGAGUUCAUCAAGCGUGACUUCGUGGAGGUUGGGGCCCUCGACGCCAUGAAGGCACGCAUCAAGGCACAAAACAAGGCACAAAAGAGGAAGAAGUAGAACACACACACGCUGUAGAGAUAAAUGCGUAUGUUGGUCUUGGGGACUGUACAGUAAGGACUGUGAAGCUAGUAUGCCUGUGCAUUGAUUGCAUUUAUGUAUGCACCUGACGCAUCCAUCUUGCCGGCCAUGCAUCACCGGUCCCCAAAAGCGGC